AAGUCACACAUUUGACAUGUGAUUACAAAUACACGACAAUAGCUUAGCAUACGAUUAGUCAGUGAAUGAACGAUACGUUUGGUUUAAAUUAUUGAAACCAUUGUUUAAAAAACUGAUUGUUAUUAUCAUUGAUUACAAUGAGUGAUAUCGUCAAUACAGGAAGUCUGUCGUCGACAGAAACAACCAGUAAUGGCGAACCAAAUGAUUUGAACAACAAUUGCCAAAUAUUGGCCACUGGAGACAUUGUCUCAUCGACGGCGGACAAGUCUAUAGUUUGUCAAACCAUUGAUGGUUCUGGCGAUGAUGUCACACAAAUUGCACGAUCAUUGACCAAAACGUUGACAAUAGAGUCUCGAAGACGUUUCGCCAAACGGCCGGCGCCGAAACAAUUGGCCACAAAUGAUAAAUUGCUAACUUUGGUGUCCAAUUGUUUUCCACUAAUACUGAAAGACAUGGUUUUCUAUCACUACGAUAUCGAUAUAAUACUUGUCGACCAAUCGGACACUGGGUAUGUGGCCAUUACUGAUGCAUCGUUGGCCAAAAAGAUGCGAAAGUUGGGUCAAAAAGAUAAUAUGGAAAUUAUUGAAAAGUUUGCUGAAGAAUGUCCCGAAGUGUUUGACAAAAAACCAUUUGUUUUUGACGGACUCAAGAAUUUGUACACCAAUUUACAGCUUAAUCUGAAAGGAAAACAAUUGGUACGGAAAGUAACGAUAGCGCUGAAAGGUUUCGCUGAACAGUGCUUUCAAGUGGCCAUUCAAUUGACAAAUGAAAAGAGUGGACUCAUCCGAGAAAUCAAAAUGUCUACAAUUGGCGACUAUUUGAACAAUAAGUUAGAAGACAUACCGGAAGAUGCUUUACAUGUUUUGGAAAUCAUUUUGAGAUAUAAUGUGACCAAAAGUUGUAUUCCCGUCGGCCGAUCGCUAUAUCCAAUUGUUUCCGAAACCGAAGAUAUUGGUCAAAAUGCUUGUGUUGCUUACGGUCAUUACCAAUCGGUUCAUAUGACCGAAUCGGGUCCAGCACUGGUCAUUGACCGCACUGCUACACUAUUUCGUACGGCGGGAAAGUUGACAAAAUUUGUUAUGGGUUUAAUGGCAAAGAAAGUGAAAUCUAUUGACGAAAUUGAUUUCAAUCCCGAAAUGAUAACUAAAUUGAGUAAACAAUUGUCAGGAAUUCGUAUUUCAACGCAACAUACGGGCGGCAAAAGACAUUCAGUGAUCGACAGUUUGAGUGAUUUGCGGCCAAAAGAUAUUGAAUUUAAUUUGAUAAUCAAGAAAAAUAAAGUCAAAACUAAUGUUUUGGAUUACUUUGAAAACCAAUACAACACAACAUUGAAAUACCCGAACCUGCCGUGCGUUCAAAUAAAAGGUGGUGUCGCUCGUUAUUUGCCCAUUGAAUUGUGCGAUGUAUCCAGUAAUCAACCUAUACUUCGUCGUCACACUACACCAUCGAUGACGGCGUCGUUGAUUCGUAAAUGUGGACAACAAAGACCCGAACAACGAUUUGAAUUUGUUGAACACACAACUAAUAGUAUUGUUGAUAAAAGCAGUGAUCUGUUGACAGCAAUGGGUAUUUCAUUGUCAACUAUACCAAUACAAGUGAAAGGAAGAGUGUUGCGGAAGCCCGAGUGCAGUGGUAGUGACAGACGUGUUCUCAAUGGUAAACAACUAUCGCAAUGGUAUUUGAUAUCAAUGGCUUAUAAUUUUUGUGCCGAUUAUGACUGGAAAGUCAAAGCAUUUGUCUUGGAUUUGCAAAAUGAGGCAAAACGUAUGGGACUAAUAGUGGCGAAUCCACAGAUUGAAAAGCAUCGGUACAGCAAUGAUCAAACACAGGUCAAGAAUAUAUUACAAGAAAAAGUGUCGCUAAAACUCUGUCCUCAACUCAUACUUUUCGCUAUUCCUUACGGCGACGGAACGUAUCAUAAGAUCAAACUCUUGGCUGAUAAUAGGUUUGGUUUAAUGACACAAUGUGUCAAAAUAGAUCACAUUAUGCGUACACCAAGAGGUUGUCUCACAAAUUUAUUGCUUAAAAUCAAUGCCAAACUGAGCGGUCAGAAUUGUAUUGUCAUGGAAAAGGAAUGGCCAUCAAGUAUGAAGAAAAUGAUGAUCAUUGGCGCUGAUGUCACACAUCCGGCACCGGCUGAUGCAAUGCAUUCAUCAGUGGCAGCGGUUGUUGCCAGUUAUGAUCCUUUUCAUACCAAAUAUAUGACUUCACUCCGUGUUCAGCGCCGAAGUAAGGAUGAAAUGAUAAAUAGAUUUCAGGAAAUGAUUGAAGAAAUGCUUAAUCAUUAUAAGCAAACAAACAAACAAUUGCCCGAAGGUUUAAUAUUGUUUCGCGAUGGUGUUUCUCAGGGACAGUUUCGACAGGUCCUCGACCAUGAGUUCCAACAAAUGAGAGCUGCCUGUGCUCAGGUCCAACAAAACUAUGCACCAAAGAUUACAUUUAUUAUUGUUCAGAAACGACAUCACAUGCGUUUCAAACCAUUAGAUCCAAACAAUGAUUUAGUUAGAAAUAUGAAAUCGGGUAAUAUACCCGCCGGUACUGUUGUCGAUACCACAGUUGUCGAUCCCAUUAUGUUUGAGUACUAUUUGUGUAGUCAUACUGGACUUAUGGGAACUUCUCGUCCAGCAAAGUAUGUGGUCCUUCACGACGACCACGAGUUUUCAUUUAAUCAAAUGGAGCGCUUGUCUUACCAAUUGUGUUACUCAUACGUGCGCUCGAGUAACUCUAUAUCGGUGCCGAUACCUGUAAUGUACGCUCAUUUGGCCGCUAAGCGCGCUAAAGACCACAUAAUCGCUAUUAAUAGACAGUCGGUUAAUACGCGUUACUUAAACGAGACGAUUGAGGACAGAGAGGAUGGGAUUGCAAAAAGAUUGAACGAUAAGAUCAAAGUUAUGGAUAGUCUUUCCAAUCAAUUUUAUUAUUGUUAAGAAUUGUUUUAAUUGACUCUUUUUCUCAUUUGGAUACAAAUUGAAAUAUACCGGUAGUUUAUAUUAAUAUUUUACAUUAAGAAAGCUUUAAUUUACUUAAAUUAAAAUUAAAAU